AGAUCCGCCCAACAAGAUGUAACAUAUUUAUACUUAGUUAUUUGUUGAGUCGUGGCUAGGUAGAAGUCUCCUAACUCUAUCCUAAUCUAGUCUUGUAUAAGUUACUCCCUGCAAUGAAGUAAUUUAUUUGUAACAAAAAUAAAUAAUAAAAUAAUAAACUUUUACGUUUUAGCAAUGCGUACACAACAACUUUUUCCGAUCACCCUUUAUAGACCACAAGUAUAGAGCAGACACUUUUUCGUAUUCGAUACUUUUUCGCACCGAGACCUUCACGGCCGCCGGAAACGCUCAUUCGGCGUCGGAACGGUGUCGAGAAUGGCGUGUGAUUCGAGCUGUUAUACGUCGCAUUGAAGGAGCGCGAAAAGGUCGAUUGCUCUGGUGUCUUGCAUAGGUCGCGAUGACAUCAAUGAGAGUAUUGGGACCCCCACGCUUCGCUCAGGUGGAAUGGUGUUUAGCCGGUUCAUCGUCGCCGUUACGCGCCGUUGAACGGUUGAUUCCACGAUCCAACCUCCGACCCGCAAGAAUCUCGUCGAUUUCCUGUUAUGCAACCUCCACUGUGCUCGCUGCGCCUCUUGUAGGAAUGAUCAGCCCGCUGUUGUGGAGCCUUGGGUGUUAGUGAUUGGUCUGAGUAGUGGAUGGGGUUGUGUUCAACGCAAGUUGAGAUCGGUGGAAACGUAACAGUGCGGUGUGCAACCGGCGCAUUUGUGCCGCGAGGUGGACGAUUUCUGACGUUGGAGCCUUCUUCUGGUGGAGUCAUCAACAGUGGUGAUUGAUCAGUUUGCACCUAGCGGAAGAGGUGCGAGAGGUGUAAAUUGGACGUCUGGUGAGAAAUUUUCCUGCAACAGAAGGUUGAGUUCAUUGAUCGAGCGGUGGGUAAUGAGCACAUUGGAUUCGAACACAUGGAAGAUUUCAUACAACAACGCCAAUCAUUGCGGCAUGAUGGAGCUUGCCAACACGCCCACUCGACCCCCAUGGCGACCAGCGGCGUCCAGUAUCACGGCGGCCAAAGAAAACAAUGUUCCCGUGCCUCAAAGAAACGACCUCGGCUCAAAGCCCAAAUCAGAAGACCUGGCAAUACCCCCUCAGUAUAUGAGCGUCACGGAUCUUCUGGCCGCCAUGCCCACUCGACAGAGGCUGCCAAAAGCGCAGACUUCGCUCAACAGCUAUGCGCUUCACGUAGAUCCUCGACAUGCAACAAGUCUCAAGUCUCUAUGCGCGGCCGGCCAAGACACAGUGCGGCAAGGCCUUGAACCAGCUGACCUCAACAAACUGACAAAUACGCAUGAUGCAUCGCCGAAGGCAGAUAAGGAUGAAUUGGCGCCAACUUCCAAAGAGAGCACUCAGCUGCAUUCUACAGGCUCAGGUCAUCCUUCGCCUCCAUUCGGCGCAAGGUCUCUCCAUCCCUCGUCACCAGGAUCACAAGCGUCAUCACGAGCACCAUUAGAAGCAGGAUCUAAUCGGCACCACGCCGGAACCCGCAUUUCAGCAAAUACGUCGCCUGCGUUCCCAAGAACGCGGCCGCAAUCCCCUCCGAUACGCACCGCUGGUGGCCGUACCUCUGACAGACGUGCUUCUUUUCCGUCCAGUGCGAGGUCAGUAGCGGUCUGCUCUGGCCAGAACCCUUCAAAUUCCGGAUCCACUCGAACUUCGCGCGGGUCCCGUACUGUAGCCACAAGCAGGACCAUGAACACAAACACAAACACAGGCACCAGCUCCAGACCCGUCUCAACAAGACACAGCUCGAUGUCUCCGUCUACCAAAGACGCAAGAUCAUCGUCCAAAUUCGACACUUUUACCGGCAGUGCCCGGCAGUCCACACUCGACACACAUAGAAACAAGGAUUUUCCUUCAAGAGGCACAUUACAAGCAACCUCCACGCCGCUGACAGGGCGAUCAUCCAGGUGUGUGAGCGGCACCUCAACGCCGAGCCAGAGAUCGGGAGGAGGCACUCCAAUUGCGUCUGGGCGCUGCAGCCCUCCAACUCCACCCAGCACCUCCUUUCCAUCCAAAUCUCUUGCCAUCUAAUCUUCUGUAUAUCUAUCUAUCUAUCUAUAUUGAGAGAGAGAUGUAUGUUAAUAUAUAUAUAUAUAUAUAUAUAUACUUUUUCUUCUCACAAAACUUGAUCAUGACAAACUGGAAUUCGGCAUGUAUCUAGACAUAAAAAAAAUUGCAAACCAUUGUAGACCACAAAUUUUGCCCUCGAAAAACAAACUUUAUUGCACUGAAAUUGAAACACAUGCAGUGAUUCUGUA